ACACAAAUUCCAUGUGAAUAGGUUACUUUUUGUUUUGUUUUUAGUAAUUAGGGCAAUCUAGGCUUGGUUGGGUUGCUGUGUAAAUUGUGGAAAAGAUUAAAGAACAGAAAUUUGAAGCUUGAUCAUGUUAUUGUUGAGACCCUUUUGAAUUUUAAAAGUCAAAAACUUUGUUGGGUAAUUUUAAGGAGUGAUACAAAUUUGGCUGGUUUGUUUUGCAGUGCUGAAAAAUGGGUACCAAAAUUAGGGUUUGUUUGGUGACUCUGUUUCAGUUUCUGCUACUGACCCAUGUGGUGCUUUCCACAUCCAAUGAUGGGUUGGUCAGAAUUGGACUUAAAAAGGUGAAAUUGGAUCAGACAUCUCAAAUUCAUAGGGAUACUAAUGCUCAGAAUGCACAAGGAAGUGUUAGAGCUCCUUUGAAGGAGUAUCGUCUCCGUGGGGAUUAUUCUGGGGACACUGAUAUUGUUGAACUGAAGAACUAUAUGGAUGCUCAGUAUUUUGGGGAGAUUGGUAUCGGCACACCUGUCCAGAAGUUUACUGUUAUAUUUGAUACCGGAAGUUCUAACCUUUGGGUGCCCUCGGCAAAGUGUUACUUCUCGGUUGCUUGCUUUUUUCACUCCAAGUAUAAGUCUAGUCAAUCAAGUUCACACACAAAGAAUGGAACAUCUGCGGCAAUACAGUAUGGAACUGGCGCAAUUGCAGGUUUUUUCAGCCAGGACCAUGUCACAGUUGGGAAUCUUGUUGUUAAGGAUCAAGAUUUUAUUGAGGCAACCAAGGAGCCUGGCAUCACAUUUGUGGCAGCUAAGUUUGAUGGCAUACUUGGACUUGGAUACCAAGAGAUCUCAGUUGGAGGUGCUGUUCCCGUCUGGUAUAAUAUGGUCAGUCAAGGUCUUGUUAAAGAACCAGUAUUUUCAUUCUGGUUAAAUCGCAACACUGAAGGGGAAGAAGGGGGUGAGAUUGUAUUUGGUGGGAUGGAUUCUAACCACUAUGUGGGUGAGCAUACAUAUGUCCCAGUGACUCAAAAAGGCUAUUGGCAGUUUGAUAUGGGGGAUGUGCUAAUUGGUGGUGAAUCAUCUGGACUUUGCGCUAGUGGUUGUUCAGCAAUUGCUGAUUCAGGAACUUCCUUAUUGGCUGGGCCAACGACCAUUAUCACUCAAAUAAAUCAUGCAAUUGGAGCAUCUGGUAUUGUAAGCCAAGAAUGUAAGGCAAUUGUUGACCAGUAUGGGAAAAUUAUACUGGAAAUGUUGCUGGCUCAGGUUAAACCCCAAAGAAUCUGCUCUCAAAUUGGUUUAUGUACUUUUGACGGGACUCGUGGUGUGAGUAUGGGCAUCGAAACUGUGGUCGAUCAGAAUACAGAAACUAAAUCUGAUGGCGUGCAUGAUGCUGCAUGUACUGCUUGUGAGAUGGCAGUAGUAUGGAUACAGAAUCAGCUAAGGCUAAAUCUUAAUCAGACAGAGGAGCAGAUCUUGAACUAUGCAAAUGAGCUCUGUGAACGACUGCCCAGUCCAAAUGGUGAAUCAGCUGUUCAAUGUAACACUCUAUCCUCCUUGCCCACUAUAUCAUUUACCAUUGGUGGUAAAGUAUUUGACCUUGCUCCAGAGCAGUAUGUUCUCAAAAUGGGUGAGGGAGCUGCAGCACAAUGCCUUAGUGGAUUUAUAGCUCUAGAUGUGGCUCCACCUCGAGGACCACUGUGGAUUCUGGGAGAUAUUUUCAUGGGUCAGUAUCACACAGUGUUCGACUACGGGAACGCUAAUGUUGGAUUUGCAGUAGCAGCUUAGUUCUAUAUCUAUCCUCUGUUUGCCUACCCUAUGUAAAAAACCUGACAUUACCAGAAAAAAAAAGCUUGAUACAAUGGAACUCAGUUAGUGUGAUGAGCCGACGGCAUGAGCCUUGUUAUCUGUAAAUAAAUCAAUCAUGAUUGUUAGCAUCU